AUGGACUUUGACACGAUCAAUGGAGUAAAUUUUGCAAUGUAUUCAAAUAAAAGCUUCGAAAACAAUCCCUACAUUCCACAAAUGGAUGAGGGCAGUAGCUUCACCACUGGUGGCGCUGCUUCCUCGUCUUCAUCUUCUUCAAAUCGAUUCUUCACUAACAAUACUCUCGAUUACUUCCCGGUUGAGGGAUCUAAUUUCAACGCGCUUUGUAAUUUCCCGACGUUUCAAGAUCCCUUCGAUCCCUUUCAAGCCUCUUUCAUCAGAUUGAACCAAGAUUCUUCCAAGAAUUCUUACAUGCAUGGUUCGUUUCAGACAGCGGUUGAUCAUCAUCAGUGUCAAACAACCCACCAUUUUGAAGAGUAUUAUUUGCAGAGCAAGAAUUUUUUGGAGGAAGAUGACGAUCACAACAAAGGAGGGAUUAAUGUUGGAAAAAAUCCAAAUAAAAGAAAAAGAGUUGUAGAUACAAAGUCAGAAAUCAUCAAAGGCCAAUGGACUCCAGAAGAAGAUGGGAUGCUGGUGGAGUUGGUGGAGAAGCAUGGUGUGAGAAAAUGGUCUACAAUUGCUCAAUUGCUUCGUGGGAGAAUUGGGAAGCAAUGUAGGGAAAGAUGGCACAACCAUUUAAAACCUGAUAUUAAGAAAGAUCGAUGGUCGGAGGAGGAAGACCAGGCUCUGAUCGAAGCCCAUCGAAAACUAGGUAAUCGAUGGGCAGAGAUUGCACGGAGCUUGCCCGGGAGGAGUGAGAACACAAUAAAAAACCAUUGGAAUGCAACAAAGAGGAGACAACUUUCCUCACGCACCAAUGCUAACUCCACCUCAACCCCUCUCCAAAACUACAUCCGAACCAUCAUUGUCGACGCCAAGGCCCCUUCCCCGGCCCCCACCCCAGCACCUGCCCAUGACGACACCUUUUGCACGCAUCAAAUCGCGUCGUUGGAGACGCAGAUGAACGUGCAAUUUGACAUCCAAAAGGAGAUGGACUUCAUGGAGAUGCUCUCCUAUGGCUAUAUUUGA